UGAGUGUACUUAAAUUUUACAAUGUGUGACUUACCGACUUUAUUAUAAUAGUAAUUUGAAUAUUUGCACAUCACUCACUAAUUUCUCUAUAAUUGUCAAUUGUCUUGUCUAUAGUUAAGAUGGCAGGUGAUGAAAGUGACAGUGAUUUGAAGCCAUCAAGUGUCGUAAUAAUACGAGAAGUUUACGACAGCGAAAAUGCUCAUAUUAAAUUUGAAAUGGAAUUGGAAAGAGCACUGGAGGCCGGCGUGAGUGUAAUUGUUAUAGAACCAGAACCUCUUGGAGAAGAAACAGCGAGAUGGAUAUAUGUAGGAAAUCUUUUACACAAAGUUUCGGUCUACAGCGGACUUUGUAGCAUUGCUUCAGGCUUAGCAUGGAGUUCACUGGCAUGUACUCCAUUUGGAAUUGUCUCAGUCCUCUGUGCUGGAUGUUACACGUUAUCAUGGCAGUGGGAUCCAUGCUGCAAAUACCAAGAAGAAAAGAAUCGCCGACAUUUAUCAACACUGCCAUUGUUAAGUGAACUUACAUCAGCAUCACCCGUUGUACUUGUACAUACCAAUAAUAGAAGAAAAAUCUUUUUACAUAGUACAGUAUCAGUAGCUGCUGCAGCUAUUUGUCUAUGGAGAUUAUACAAUACAUUUAAAUGAAUGAAUUAGUGUCUCUAUUAGCAUUAUUAGACCAUGCUUUAAUUACCAUCAAAUGCUACAUUGUGUAUUUGAUUCUAGCAACUACUAAUAUUGUAGAGCUUACUCAUUUCUGUAAGCAACUGAGGGAUACUGUAAGUAGAUUGUAGGAUGCAUUGUAAAAUAUAUAGGUAUAAAUAUUAUUAUUAGUAGAUUUAGAUGAACAAGCCUGUACAAAACAUAUUUUCUCUAUUAAUAAUAAUUGCUUUUAGUUCAAAUCAAUUAUAAUAAUUUGUUGAAAGGUUACAAUAUUGUGAUACCA